CUCCCGUAUCAGCGCUCAGCAGUUAACAUUCAGUCUCCUCGUGACUACUGACGUUUGUGUAGUAUAAUCGCGUCCCUCAUAUCACAAUCGGUGCUGUCGCAUUCUCGUUACUCGUUGCUUCUGCAUGGCACAUGUACAUACGUUUUAACGCAUGCUAAAGCAUUUGAGAUAAUUGAGAUACCUGCAGCAAACAAGUGUGUAGUACGUGCACGUGUGCUUGCGCGCGUACCAACUUUUUCACUGUACGUAACCUCGCCUCGCCCGAUGUUGUCUCUGGCCGGCCAUCGUCGAUAACGAACAAGUGGAGUUUCAGUUUAACUUAUUGUUAAGCAGCAGCAGCAACGGCAAUAGCAGUAGCAAUAUGCCGACUACGAGAGGUUCCGGAUAUUUAAAGCGUGCAAAUACAGAACGCCUCCAUGAAAUUUUUAACCAGUACGCCUCGCAGGAAAAAAAUGGCGAGAGAUUCAUGACUGCGUCUGACUUCGUUCGCAGUUAUCUUGGUCUUUACACAGAUGCCGAUUAUAAUCCCGAUUCUGUCAAUUUACUUGCUGGUAUCGUCGAUACCAGCAAAGAUGGACUCAUAUCAUUUGCCGAAUUUCAAGCAUUUGAAGGUCUUCUCUGUGUACCAGAUGCUCUAUAUAAAACAGCUUUUCAACUCUUUGAUACUAAUGGAAAUGGAAUGGUUGCAUUUGACGAGUUCGCUGAGGUGAUGCAGAAAACUGUACUGCAUCAGAAGAUGCCCUUUAAUAUGGACAGCAGUUUUAUCAAACUCUACUUUGGAAAGGAUAAGAAAAGACUGAUCAGCUAUGCAGAGUUUAGUCAGUUUUUGCAUGAUUUUCAUGAAGAAUAUGCAACCGAAGCCUUUAAGAAAUUUGAUAAGGAUGGCGCGGGUUUCAUUUCUGCGUUAGAUUUUCAAGACAUCAUGCUCAGUAUUAAGAGUCACUUACUCACAAGAGAUGUAAAGGAUAAUCUAAUUGCUGCAGUUGGUGCCGGUCAAAGCGGGCGAAAAGUCAGUUUUCCUUACUUUAUGGCAUUCAAUUCUCUCUUAAAUAAUAUGGAGCUUAUUAAACGUAUCUAUUUAAAUGCGACCAAUGGUCAUAGAUACCAAGAAGUUACCAAAGAGGAAUUUCUUUAUUCUGCACAAAUGAUGUCCCAGAUAACCCCCUUGGAAGUGGACAUUUUGUUUCAUCUUUGCGAUUUACUUCAUCAAACUGGACCUACGGAAGAUGACGAAGCAGAUUCGUGGCUUGGAAAAAUUGUAUACAAUGACCUUGUGGCUAUUACACCCGAGCAAUAUUUCAAACAAAUUACAAAGCGUAUUGCCGGGAUUAAAGCAGUAUCGAGUCCAGAUGAACGUGGUGUUUUGGUACAAAUACUCGAAAGUGUGUAUCGAUUUGCGCUUGGUUCCAUCGGUGGAGCUGUUGGUGCUACAGCUGUAUAUCCUAUCGACUUGGUGAAGACUAGAAUGCAGAAUCAGAGGACUGGAUCUUUUAUAGGCGAGCUGAUGUAUAGAAAUAGCUUUGAUUGUUGUAAAAAGGUGAUUCGGCAUGAAGGUUUUUUCGGUCUUUAUCGAGGUCUGAUGCCUCAGUUAAUGGGUGUAGCCCCAGAAAAGGCUAUUAAACUUACAGUUAACGAUUUUGUCAGGGAUAAGUUUAUGGAUAAAAAUGGAAAUUUACCGCUAUAUGGAGAAAUUGUAUCUGGCGCCUGUGCUGGAGGAUCGCAGGUCAUAUUCACUAAUCCUUUGGAGAUAGUAAAAAUUCGGCUACAAGUAGCUGGCGAGAUUGCAGGAGGAUCAAAAGUUAAAGCGUGGACCGUUGUCAAGGAAUUAGGUCUUUUUGGAUUGUACAAAGGUGCUAGAGCCUGCUUUUUGCGAGAUGUGCCAUUUAGCGCAAUUUAUUUCCCCAUGUAUGCUCACACGAAAGCGCGAUUGGCCGAUGAAGGGGGUUAUAAUACGCCAUUGUCACUUCUUUUUUCCGGCGCGAUCGCCGGUGUACCUGCAGCAGCGCUGGUCACUCCUGCGGAUGUGAUAAAGACGAGAUUGCAGGUCGUAGCUAGAGAAGGUCAAACUACGUACAACGGAUUGUUAGAUUGUGCGAGGAAAAUAUACAGAGAAGAAGGUGCCAGGGCAUUCUGGAAGGGCGCGACAGCUCGAGUGUUCAGAUCGUCACCUCAGUUUGGUGUCACUCUCUUUACGUACGAGUUGCUGCAAAGACUGUUUGUUGUCGAUUUUGGAGGAUCUCGACCUACUGGCUCGGAACAAAAGGUGCCUGCUAUGGGAGUUGCAGAUGAAAUUCGAUCAACAAACCCGGAUCAUAUAGGCGGCUAUCAAGUAGCUUUGCCCAUCUUCACGGGUAUAGAAACCAAGUUCGGUCUUUCCUUACCCAGGUUCCAAGCUGUUACCGGAAAGUAACAGUAUUAUUAGUAACUGUGCAAGAAAACAAGCUUGUAGCAAUCCCUGCCAUAAAUAAUCUACGAAUAUCAUCAAACGCUGAUUGCUUCACUGACUGUGUGUGAAGCGGAUGUGAUGCGUGUGAGCUUCAUAAACUAGGAAUUAUGAAUCCGCUCCAUCUUCUCAUCAUUCAUCUCGACCAUUUCGCUAUCAUGUAAACUAAUUGAAAUCGGCAUAAAAGAAUCGGAUCGUCGAUUGAUAUUAACUUGAUGCAUACGACAUAGGUGUAUACAUGAUCAUAAAAUGUAACUUAGAUCGAUUGAGGAUGAGUACAAAAUCCGUUAUUACGGAAUGCCCAAGAACGCUCGUGAUAGCUAAGUCGAUGCAGUCAAUUGACACAAGAACAAAACCGAUGGCAUUAAAACUAUUUAUUUUGAUACUGUAUAGAUACGUCAAAUUGAUGCCAUCUAUAUGUAAUUAUUGUACAAUGCAAGAGAGAGAGAGAGAGAAAGUGUGUGUUGAGUGUGUGCGUGCGUACGUGCGUGUAUGCGUGUGUGUAACUAUCAACAAUUUGUUAUUGUUAACUUGAAAUGUUUCUGGCGGUACGCGUAUAUAGUAACUAAUUGAAUGUAUGUUUGUUAAAUGGGAAACGGAGGAUUAAUACCAAGAAAUGUGAUGUUUUAGCGAGGGUUACAAUCCGCGACAUGUACGUACGUACUACGUAUAUAAAGCUCAGAAUAACAAAUUAGCCUCUAUAAUUACAUUUAUUAUUUAUCCAAAUGCCUAGUUGUGUAAUUUUUGUUCGAUGAAUAAAAAGCCGGUAAAUUUGUUUUUA